AUGUCAUUAAAAACCAAAGUGUAUGUUUGUAAAUUUAUUCCGCACGAUUCAAAUUUUUCAACAAGUAUUAAGAGUCAUUGGGGUUUAUUGGUAGCCGGUCAACUUUUCCAUAUUAAUGUUGAUGAUAAUAAUAAUGUUAUUUACAAGAGUAAAGAAUUUAAAUUUUACUCUCUUGAAUACACAUAUACCUUUAUAUACAUUGGUAAAACAAAAUUUUCUUUAGAAAUCAUAGAUGAUACUGCCAGAGAUAUUGCAAACAAAUUUGUGUAUAAUAUUAAAACAUCAAAUUGCCAAAAUUUUAUUUACGAAUUAAGUAAAUUAAUAGUUCCAAAAUUUAAGUUUCCAUUGAAAGCAUCCGAUUUAUUUGAUGGUUAUAUUAAUUGCACAACAGCAAUGGGUUCAAAAUCAUCAAUUUUUUCAGUUAAUUUAACAGAAGAAGAAAUAAAAAAUGAAAGAGAUGCUUAUAUAGUAAAAAAAUAG